AUGGGGCUUUCCAGCAGCAGAGACGCGGCCCAGCCCGCCGCACCGGCCUCGGAGCCCGUGAUUGUCCACAAGCCUGCCACAACCAGUCACCACGUCGCCGCCGAGACCCCCCAGCAGCAGACGGCAUCAGCCUACCCGCCCGUCUUAAAGGGAAAGGUGUACGCCAUCACCGGUGGUGCCAGCGGCAUUGGCUACGGCACCGCCCAGAUGCUGUCCUCCAGGGGCGCCACGGUGUGCAUCGCCGACAUCGACCCCAGGGCCAUGAAGCAGGCCGAGGACUACUUCACACAGCGGGACGCACCCUUCAUGAUCUCGCGGGUCGACGUCUCCAAGAGGGCGCAGGUGGAUGCCUGGAUCGACUCGGUCGUCAAGGAGUACGGCCGCCUGGACGGCGCCGCCAACGUCGCAGGCGUCAUUGGCAAGGUGCAUGGGCUCACCGCCGUCGAGGACAUGGAGGAUGAUGAGUGGGACAAGAUCAUUGCCGUCAAUCUCACCGGCACCAUGUACUGCAUGCGCGCCGAGAUUCGCAACCUCGUCAGGGGAGGGUCCAUUGUCAAUGUCAGCUCCAUCCACGGCGUCAGGGGCUUCGCGCGGCACUCUGCCUACGAUGCCAGCAAGCACGGCAUCAUUGGCCUCACAAAGUCCGCCGCCCAGGAGGUUGGCGACCGCGGCAUCAGGGUCAACGCGGUCGGGCCUGGCUCCAUCUACACGCCGCUGAUGCAGAAGGAGUGGGAUGAGAAGGGCUUAAAGGAGGGGCCCGAGGCCACCUCAAGCGCGAUCCGACGGUAUGGGACUGUAGAGGAGACGGCGAGUGUUUUGGCGUUUCUCCUCGGCCCCGAGAGUUCUUUUAUUUCAGGUUCAACAUACAUGGUCGACGGGGCAUGGAGUUGA